GAUGCGAGACGAUUACCAAGAUUUAUAUUGCCCUCUCAUGCUAGUCGACCAGGUCCCUCUGGAUAGUAUUAUGGUCGUUCACACGCCAGCGCUCCCGAACAGCAAAAGAAAAAUUUCAAAGUCCACGUCACCAAGUGCGGCUUACGCAUCAUCUGCAAGCAAAAAUAGCCCCGAAGCCUUUUCUGGAAGAUAUCACCUGCUCGACGCGCGAGCAUACGGAAUUAUAUAAUGGAUUAGGGAUUACGGACUUGCAUUUUUCUUCUCUUCUUCUCACCACUACCAUGGAUUCGGCGGCAGUAGUCGUCCCGUCGCUGGGAACAACGAUUGGUGCUGCAUAUGUCGGUGCCAUGCUCUCGUCAUUAUUAUUUGGAAUUACCGUCCUCCAGGCUUUUAUCUACUACAGAGACUACCCGAAUGACUGGCGACUCUAUCGCUAUUCUGUCGCUAUAAUCUGGAUUCUCGAUGCGUUGCAUCUCAGUCUAACGAUACACGCUAUCUACCACUAUACGGUGGAUUUGUUCGGCGAUUAUGUCGCCCUUGGGAACAUUGUGUGGAGCUUCAAACUUCAAAUUCUAGUCAACGUCGUUAUUAUCGUAUUCGUACAGAGCCUGUACGCAGUACGACUAUGGAAGUUCGGGCGCCAUUUCCAUCGGUUUCUUCCUUGGACUGUCAUAUUCGUGGUCGCAUGCGGAUUUGUGGGCAUAUUGCUCGUUUACAAAACAUACACAAUCACAACGUUCACUGAUUUGGCCUCAAUGGGCUGGGCUAUUGAGACUGCCUUUGCCACAUCUACCGGGAUAGACUUCUUCAUCUCCUUUGCUAUGUGUUAUUAUCUUCAUAAAAGCCGCUCAGUUUCGGAAUUCUCAAGCACCAACUCACGAUUACUCGUAUUGAUGUGGUUUGUCCUGAUGUCCGGCUUGGCCACUAGUGCGUGCUCGACCGUUGCACUCGUCACUUACAUCGUCCUACCUAAUACCCUCGUCUUUCUCGGAGUCGAGUUUCUCCUUACAAAGCUCUACGUUAACUCCCUGUUAUCGAUGCUGAAUGCUCGGAAACGGAUCCAAGGAACAGACACCGGAAGUGGUGCCGCUUUGUCAGAACCCACUUCAUUUUCCAAUAUCAUUCGCCUCACGCCCACCGCCGGCGGUGCUAGCGCGGGGGAUGUAAAGGUACGGGUCCCUUUCCAUGUAGAGCGACUAACUCAAGGCCACGCCAGCAGGAUGGGUUCAGCAUACCUCUUUCUGAGAUCCACAGUGGGGUACCUUCGCAAAAUAAUACAGACUCGGCUCACGUCGUUGGGGAUAAGCGAUCGAGAGUCGAGUUCGCUAUGGUGUAAAAGGAGGGUGAGUGUAUGGUAAUGGGAGAAAGAGAGAUCUAUAUUGGAUAACUUACCACGUAUUUAUAGUAGAUCCGAUAAGCAGACCGCGUAUGGACCAUGAUGGGUAUCAGUGAUUAUUCGGAAUAGAUUUGU